CAGUCGGUAAGCGCUGUGUUCAGUACGCCGUGCUAGGCAGUGACGACGGUUGAGGAAACAGGAUCACUCCAGCGUAAAGAAUCCGGAGAUACUUUCUGUUACCAUGAUGAACACUAACAACGCCCCACCUGCCUACGUGGCUGCGCCUCAGCCUGUCGGCCAGCAACAACUGGUGACGGUGCAACCAGCUCCUGUUACUGUCGGCACGGUCAACCCACAGCCUCGAGAUGGUGACUGGAAGGGUAUUCUAUGGACAGGAAUAAGUCAAAUGGUUUUGGGUUCCUUGACCGUCAUUCUUGGGAUUGUCACCCUGACAGUAUUUAGCAGUGUAGAACGCAGUGAUUUUGCAUCCCCAAUUUGGUGUGGUAUCUUAUUCUAUGGCGUCGCUGGAAUCUUGGGCAUAGUGUCUGGAUUUAAGAAGAAUUCGGGAGUGGCUAUUGGCUAUAUGGUCAUGUCCAUCUUGGCUUGUCUGGCUGCGUGCUGCGUUAUUGGUUUUGGUGCUGCCAGGAUUGCAACCAUCAAUUUGCACUGCAGAUAUCCGCCUUAUACGAGUAAUGGUUAUGAUUACUACGGAAACAGUUCCCCGCACUGUGAAUUGGAGGCGGCCAUCAAUGGUGUAUAUUCUACACUGAUACUUCUCGCCUUAGCGGAGUUUAUCGUCGCCAUGUUUGGUGCCAGCAUGACCUGCGGUCCAAUCUGCAACAGUGGAUCAGCAACUCAGACUGUGAUCCACUACCAAACUCAACCACACGUGGUGGUUGCCACACAGCCCCAGGGACUGGCCUUCUACAACAUUGCUGGUCAGCCACAAGUUGCCUACCCGGCCCAGCAGGGACAGUAUCCGCAGGCUCAAGCGCCCCCACCCGGUGAGCAACAGUCCCAAGAACUCAUCAAUUAGGUCAUCGAUGACCUUUGACCUGAUGGAAUCAUGAUAUAUAGUGCUCGAAACAGAAUUUUACGUCUUGACCUAAUCAUGGUAAGCUGUGUGUGGUUGUACAUUUAGCUUUUAGCUGUCACGCGUCAAGAAAUAUGCUUAGAGGUAUAAUGUUGCCCUGGCUCCAAUAUAAUAAUUGUCCUCAAAUGAAAGUUAGAAUGCCGCUGGCAUGAUUAUUUUUUAUAAAGUAGUCAAUGAAGAAAAGGGUACUCAGAUAUUCGCUUAAAAGCUGUUGUUACAAUACUAAAAAUGUAUUUAUUUAAUACACUUAUAAUGUGCCAUUCUCGAAAUCACGGCCUCGGCUGCAAAAAAAAUCGCUUUAUGUUUGAGUUGCCGACUUAAACACUAGGAGGUU